AUGUCUGUGGAAGAGUGGGUAAACGAUGAACUGCAUUCUCUGUUGGGUAUAAGUGAUCGAACGAUUACACAAUUCAUAAUUGCACUUGCUCGUAAAUCGGUAGACACUGAUGAUCUUUUGGAUAAAUUCAAAAGUACGGAUACAAUUCAAGUGACUCCUGCAACCCGGAAUUUCGCUUCGUCAUUACUUUCCAUGGUACCACAUGCAGCACCAAAACUUGCCAAAGUACCCCAACCGUCAGUGGCAGAACUAAAGGCACGUGAAACAAUGCGUAUGAAUCAGAGACUGAAACUGAUCUCUUCGGAUGAAGACGAUGAACCAGAGGUACCAGUGAAAAAACGAAAAGAGUCAAAGAAAAAGAAGAAAAAAGAUACGGACAAAGAGAGCGCAACGGAUUUGUUGGACAGAAUAAAAUCCGAAGAGGAGAAGGAUAUAAGGGAACGAGAUGAGUUGGCUGAACGAAUACGACAAAGGGACAAAGAUAAAACGCGAAGUGUCGUCGAGAAAAACGAUAAGAAGGCUGAAGCCGAGGCUGCCAAGAGGUUAUCACCGAUCAUUUCAUCUAAUUUCCUAUUAGAUGACCAGUUAUGA